UAUCAAUGUCUAUCUCAUAUCGAUAGCGAGCAUUGCUAAUAAGUUUCGCGAACGUUGCAAAACGGGAAAUCAAUUCCAAGUCCACCCGCCUUCAAAAUGAGUUCGAAGUCCCUUUUCGACAGCGAGGAAGAUGCCGCCCAGGCAAACAAAUUGGCCAGGAAAGCCAAGGAAUCGCCCUUCAUGCUAGUGGGUAUUGCCGGUUUUGUGGCCGCCGGAGUGAUUGGAGCAUACAAGUACCGGAACCGCGGAACGAUGAGCACGAGUGUGUUCCUGAUGCAGCUGCGAGUGGGCCAGGGAACCGUGGUCGGAUGUCUGACCGUCGGAUUGGCCUACAGCAUGGCCAAGGAGUACCUGUUCGACAAGGCGCCCAAGGAAAGUAAUGGCCAGUUCCUACUUAGUUAAUACUAGCUAUAGUUAUAGUUGUCACUCGUACACGAAGCUCGAAGCCCGAUCCCAAAAUCAUUGUAAUCCCAAGUUUUGGUCCAAUUCUAAUCCUCCCUUUUUUGUAUAUUUAUUUAUCCUGUAAUCCUCUAUUGGUUUCUUUCGCUUAUUCCCCCUUUUUGAUUUAUUCUAUAUAUUUUAGUACAAAGUCACUGAGUAACUAAAGAUCAUCUGAUUGUAUGGCCUCCUCUCUAAAAAUCACCCACCAACACUGAUCGGAAUGACAUUACACCCAAGCAAUCAGUAACUCUAUUUAUUGCAUCAUCAGAGAUUCAUACCGAUCAAGAGGGUUAGGAUCAUUGGAGGGCUGGACUCUCGCAAGAACUUUCGACUGUCCAGGCCAAUAAUUAGAUAAUGUUUUGCAUACCUGCGUAUGAUUGUGAUAUUGUGUGUUUUAAUUGUACAAGUUGGACAUCCAAACGAAAGCUGUUGAAGGCAGACGACAAGAUAAUGAAUACCUCUCGCAUGAUAUGAUAUAAUUAAAUAAAACAAUUUAGUCUAAAACAA